GUACCCGUAGCCAAGAUGGCUGCGGCGGCUUCGGAAGGAGCGUCGCGGGCCGGAAAGGGACGCGACGCUCCUUGUGACGUCACGAGGCGGCCGGUUCCUCCGCGGAGCCCAAGCCAAAAGGAGACCAUGGCGGCUUUCGGGGCGCUGCGGCGAGCGUGGAUCUCGGCGGGGGGGAUUCACGCACAGGUUCAUAGGACGACGGUUCCCCUGAGGUGGUCGCAGGCGAAAACUUCUUUUGUCCCUCAGCUGAAGGGACAUAGUUUUCCUCUCCCUCCUUGGAGACUCGCAGUCCGGUGUCAGAGCACGGCGGCUGUGGCAGGCAUCCAGGUUGCUCAAGGUGUAUCCGCCCCACCUCUGGAGGAACUCCUCCCUUUAGAGGAGCUCAGUCAAGUUUUGCAAGAGCCGACUUUGGCUGAACUGGGCCUGGAAAGCUACACGCCAGUGGGCUUUAUCCUGAAGUUUUUGGAAUCGUUCCACUUGGACUUGGGGCUGCCUUGGUGGGGCGCCAUUGUGGCAGGGACGGUAUUUAUACGCUGUCUGGUUUUCCCGCUCAUUGUAAAGAGCCAGCGAGACGCGAUCAAAUUAAACAACCAAGUGCCCCAAAUUAAUGCGUUAACUGCUAGAAUCAGCGAAGCGAAGAAGACAGGCAACAGACUACAGUUUUCGCAGGCCAUCAUGGAUCUGGAGAACUUCCAGAAAACCCAUAAUAUUAACCCCCUACGGGGAUUAAUCACGCCUUUUGUCCAGGCUCCCAUUUUCAUCUCCUUCUUCUUUGCCCUGCGCAAAAUGGCGGAGUGUCCUGUACCCAGCAUGCAGACGGGGGGACUAUGGUGGUUCACGGAUCUCACUGCCCCGGAUCCUUACUACAUACUACCCGUGAUGGCAUCUGUCACCAUGUGGAUUGUUACGGAGAUUGGAUUGCAAACAGGACCUCCAAACCCACACCUGGACCUAAUGAAAAAGGUUUUCCGAGUGAUGCCAGUGGUCUUCCUUCCUUUCAUAAUUUCCUUUCCAACGGCUAUCUUUACCUACUGGCUGACAUCCAAUUUAUUCUCCAUUAUGCAAAUAUUACUCUUUCGUUUACCUGCCGCUCGUGCUUUUUUUCGCAUCCCUGAGAGUCUGAAACACAAUCCUAAGAGCUUACCGCCCCAGGAAGAUUUCCUGAAGAGCAUCAAGGAAGGAUGGCAGAACGUCCAGAUGGCUCAUCAGUUAGACGAAAGACAGAAGUACUUCAAAAAACAACUGGAUUCAACACAUAAAGGGUCAAUCCACCAAACCUUCUCACAGACAACCACACAGCAUCCGAGCAAGCCAUCACCACAAAAGAGAGGAUUAGGGUGAAUGCUACCAAGCUGUAUUCAAGGCAAAACAUGUUCUCCCGUCUCCCUUAUCCUUUUGCCCUAGUUUAAACUAUUGAUUUUGUUCUCCAUUUGCUCUGAGAGCAUAUGUGUAAAUGUGUCUGUAAAUUUAUUACAUAAAAUUAUGCUUUGAAUUAACAAAUGCUUUCAAAUUUUGCAAAAAGAAAAGGUUGGCGUAUCAAGAGAGUGAGAUUAGAAAAGCAUGUAUCAUACAGGUCACCAUUAACACACCCUUAAAAAGAUGUUCACAUAAUUAUAUCCAGUUUAUUUUGUCCACCCUGUGGCUGAUCAGAUGAUUGGUCUACCACAACAAGAAAUCCCACGUUGGCAUCAUUAGUGGAUUUAGGGCUAUUUGUUUAUUCCAUAAGUGCAUAAAGGUAAAGGUUCCCCUCGCACAUAUGUGCUAGCCGUUCCCAACUCUAGAAGACGGUGCUCAUCUCCAUUUCAAAGCCGAAGAGCCAGCGCUGUCCAUGGUCAUGUCAUCUCCGUGGUCAUGUGGCCACCAUGACUAAACGCCAAAGGCGCACGGAACGCUGUUACCUUCCCACCAAAGGUGGUUCCUAUUUUUCUACUUCCAUUUUUUAUGUGCAAGCUGGGACAAGUAACAGCUCACCCUGUUACGCAGCACUAGGGAUUCGAACCGUUGAACUGCCGACCUUUCGAUCAACAAGCUCAGCGUCUUAGUCACUGAGCCACCGCGUCCCUUUCCGUAAACGCAUAUGGCUGCCCAUUUGAGCAAAGCAAGAAACAGAAAAUACAGAUAAAACAGUAAAACAAACAAAGCUGGCACACAAAAAUAAUCAAUUUCUCAAGUAAUGCAAUAAAUAACAGACUGAGCUUCAAUUACUAUUCUGUCUUUAUGGCUAAUGGAAAAGUCAGGUUUUAAAGGCCUUACAAAAAGCCAACAAAAGGAAAAGCCAUCCUGACUGACUGAGCAGGGCAGAUACUAGGACUGAAAAGACACAUUUUCUAUCUAAGUUCUCUAAAUGACACUGUUUCGCACAAGGGUUCUGGAGCAUGUCCACUUUACCAGACAGGUGUCUCCAAAGGCACACACUGCCACCUUCUGAAGCAGCUACAAAACUUCCAAAUGCUCAUCAUCUUCAUCUCAUCCUGGGCACCCUUUUUUUGAAUUAUUACCACCUGGCAGACGGUACAGGAUAAUUCUACUGUAUAGUGCAAUAUUAAUGCAAUUAUCAGGGGUUUUCAAUUGUAUAGAAUGUGAAGGAUGAGUGUUUUGUUUUAUGUAUAAUGUACACUGAAGAUGGUAUUUAAUUUCGUUGUACAAGGUGCAAUGACAAUAAACUAACUUAACUUUCAA